CGUUAUAGUUAACAAAUAGAAGUAGAGGGGAUUGUACUCCAUUACAAGUUUAUCCUGAUGCUGGUUACUUCAAAGCAUUUGGAUCUAAGCUAUUGUGCAUCUAGUUUUUUUUUUUUAAAUAAAUAAAUUAUGAAAAUUAUAUUUGUUUUUAUUUUUUUGAGUAUUUUAUUAAUUACUGAUGGACGAAUUUUGAGGCGAAAAAUUAAACCAAGAUUACAAAAACUCAUUGGAUCGAAUGACUUUGAUCUAUUAAUAUUCACUCAGCACUGGCCUGAGACUGUUUGUUACACAUGGAAAGAAAAUUCAAUGAAUCAUACAUGCAAUUUGCCACGUGACGAAGAGUGGACGAUUCACGGAAUAUGGCCAACGCAGUUCCACAAAGAGGGUCCAGCGUAUUGUAACCCGUCAAUGCAUUUUGAUUUUCAACAAUUGGCGCCAAUUCAAAAGGAUCUUGAAACCAAAUGGAUUGACGUUGAAAAUGGAACUCAACCCUACUCGUUCUGGAGACACGAGUGGGAAAAACACGGCACUUGUGCUGUAGUGAUUCCCGAAAUUAAUAAUGAAAUUAAAUAUUUUAAAAAAGGUCUCGAGUUGUUGGAUCAAUAUGACAUGAAACAUGUCCUGGCUAAAGCAAAUAUUUUCCCAGGACAAGAGUAUUUAGUAAAAGAUAUUUUGAAUGGAGUCGCUAAAGUUUUGGGCAAACAUUGCCAAGUUGAAUGCGUUACUAAUUCUAAAACCAAAGAGAGCUAUUUAUUUGAAAUACGGAUUUGUAUGGAUAAACAAUUUAAUCUUGUUGAUUGUGAUAAUAUUGCCCAUUAUCCAACAAAUUGUGCUCGGAAAAAGAAAGUUAUUUAUCCGGGAGCAGUGCCAACUUUGUAUAGUGCCAUAAUGGUUUAGUUAUUAAUUUAAUAGCAGAAUUUUCCAUAAUUAUUUAUAAUUUAAAUGAACUCUUAAAAAUCCCGUGGAAUUCACGAGACCCUAGACAAUUUUAAACUCAAAAUAUCUCAGGAACUAUUGAGUUUUUUGAAAAAUUGAAAGAUACCUUUUUUGUAGAGAAUUUGAAGCUCUACAAUAAAGGUAUCUUACAUUUUUUCGAAAAACUCGAUAUUUUCAGAGAUAUUUAUAAAAAACCGAUAACUUUUCAAUUUUCAAAUUUCU